CGUAUGUCCACCGCAUUGCCGCACAUACUGUAAUUCAUAACGCAUUAUUUUGAUGCAGCUUUAAUCAAAUGAUUUAAUAGCAAAUUCCUUUUUAAUCACUAAAUUGUUUAUCUUUUUAUAUUUUUUUUUAUGUGUGCUCCUCGACCGGUGUCAUCGUCUACGUCCUUUCAUGAUGUCCAUGUGUUCACAGACAUCGGAGCAAACUUGACAGAUCCUAUGUUCAGAGGGUUAUACCAUGGUUCUAAAAAGCAUCAAGAUGAUUUGCAAGAAGUUCUGCAAAGGGCAUUUGGCAUUGGUGUGGAAAAGAUUCUCAUUACAGGAGGGAGUUUAAAAGACAGCAAGGAAGCUCUUGAACUAGCUAAAACUAAUGAUGCCUUACACUGCACAGUUGGCUGUCAUCCAACCAGAUGCCAGGAGUUUGAGGCAACAGGUUCUCCAGAGCAAUACCUGGAUGACAUGAAAACAUUGAUAAGAGAAAACAAGGACAAGGUUGUAGCUGUAGGUGAAUGUGGUCUAGAUUAUGACAGGCUACACUUUUGCCCCAAAGAUGUGCAGUUGAAGUAUUUUGAAAAGCAGUUUGAGCUUGCAGAAGAAACUCGCCUUCCCAUGUUUCUCCACUCCAGAAAUUGUAAUGAGGAUUUUCUAAGCAUACUGAAACGAAACCGUGAGCGAUUCUCCAAAGCUGUGGUUCAUUCAUUUACUGGGACUGCAGAAGAAGCUCGCUCCUUAACAGAUAUUGGAAUGUAUAUUGGUAUUAAUGGCUGUUCACUGAAAACACAGGAGAAUAUUGAUGCUAUGUGUUCCAUACCAAGUGAAAGACUAAUGAUUGAAACAGAUGCCCCCUGGUGUGAGAUCAGGCCGUCACAUGCUGGUGCCAAGUCCGUUAAAACUACAUUUCCCAACAAGAAGAAAGAGAAAUGGGAAUCUGGGUACACAGUGAAAAGCAGAAAUGAACCAGCCUUUAUUAUACAAGUAUUGGAGGUGAUGGCUGCUGCAAGAAAAGAAGACAUCGGUGAAUUAGCAAAUAAACUGUACGAGAACACCAAGCAUGUGUUCUUUAACUCUUGAUGUGCACAAUCUUCA